UCCAUAUGAGAGGGCACUUUUGCCCUUGUGAUCGGAGGUAGUUUUGUCAACCUUUCUUUAUAAAAAGCCAUUGGCAAGUCUCCUUCAAACUCGCAGACUCUUUGUACAAGUAAAUGAAAAUAAGCCAAAAGUAAGUCUUAACGCACAACCAAGACCUAGAAACCGAACCCUCUCCUCCUCCUCCUCCUCCUCCUCCUCUUUAUCCAUGUCUAAUGAGCACAGAGACUUUUACUACCACACUCCAUUCCAAGAGGAUCAUCUUGAUGUCAAGCCUCCUUCCAUUCUUGGUUCAUCAACUUAUAACAGGAGUCCCGGCCAAGGGCUUGAUCCUUCGUCGUACAUGAGCUUGACGGAGUGCUUGCAUGGGUCCGUGGACUACAAUUCACUUGCGAAAGCCUUUGGCCUGUCACCUUCUUCAUCUGAAGUGUUCUCUUCCAUAGAAGAAAGUUCAAGGCCAGUGGAAGCUAGAGAUUUAGAUGGUGGGAAUAGUACUGAUCAAGUUCCAGCCACCCCUAAUUCUUCAGUCUCUUUCUCCUCGAGUGAGGCUGGUGGUGAUGAAGACUCAGGGAAGACCAAGAAAGAGACACAACCAGAAAAGCCAGAGGAUGGAGGAGAAAACUCUGACAAGAAAGACAAGGCAAAGAAGAAAGCAGAGAAAAGGCAAAAAGAGCCACGAUUUGCCUUCAUGACCAAGAGCGAGGUCGAUCAUCUAGAAGAUGGAUAUAGAUGGAGAAAGUAUGGACAGAAGGCUGUCAAGAAUAGUCCAUAUCCAAGGAGCUAUUACCGGUGCACUACUCAGAAAUGCACUGUGAAAAAACGUGUGGAGAGGUCAUUCCAGGAUCCAUCAAUCGUGAUUACAACAUACGAGGGCCAACACAACCAUCCAAUUCCAACAACACUUAGAGGAAGUGCUUCGGCUAUGUUUUCACAUUCAAUGCUAGCACCUGCGCCGAUGGCGAGUGGGCCUAGCUUCCCUCAUCAUCAAGGGUAUAAUUUUGUUCAAAUCCCAUCUGCUAUGAACAACCAGAACAUGGGGGCGUAUCCACAAAACGUUAAUCAGCAUGUGCACCAGCAGUAUCAAGUUCCGGACUAUGGACUUUUGCAAGACAUUGUCCCUUCGAUUUUCCUUAGACAAGAGCCAUGAGAAGGGUCUCUCUCAGUGUACAUAUGCUUUUAAUAAUUUUACCUUCCUGACUUGUUAGGUAAUACUUCUUUUCUUCUUUAUAUCUUAAUUCUGAAGUGGACAUGCUUCCCUUGGAUUAAAGGUGAAUUUUGCUACAAUAUUGGGAAAUGCUUUCAUAAUCCAAGAAGGUCAUGAGUCUAAAGCUAGGUCGGUACGUAGCAGUGGUUUUUCAAAAACCCAGCGGUAGGAGGAUUGCACGCUUAUUAUACUCCAAAUGUAGUCCAUUAUUGCUCCCUUUUUUUCUCCUUUUUAUUAUUGUAUGGAGGUGUAAUUUUUUUCAUUUGAGAAUGAAACAAUUUCUUCUUCUUC